AUGAUUAGUGCUACGUCCUUUGUGAAUCUUCCAGAGGGCCGACCGCCGCGCUAUCGCACCCCUUCCCCGCCGCGACGCGCCGUCGAGCCCAUCUCGCCAUGUGCCACCGCAGACCUCCGUCCCUCAGCGGCGGUCGAUCGCCGCGAGAUCGCCAAACCAACAACUUCUCGUCACGAUCAUGUUGUACCCGGUACGAGUCGACCGCCCGUCGCCGACGGUGGUUCUCAUCCUCAUCACCAUCACCGGGCCGGUCAUGGUCGGUCCAAUUCGACCAUCGACACCCUUGCGACGAUUGCUCUCGCGACGAGUCCCACCUUUGCACCUCUCACCUACCGUCCUCCAUCUCGAAAUUCUACCCCCGCCAUGUCCAUGUUUCCCUCCGAACCCGCCGAGUAUACCGAACGUCCAGCCAAGCGCCCGCGGUCGGAAAAAGACCCGUCACCGUUCCAUCAGCCUCGGACAAGUUCCGUCUCCGAUGCGAACCCUUCCUCGGCCUUUGAUAGUAUGAAAACCGAUGCGGAACUUCUGCUGAACUUCGCGAGACCCUCGAAUUUUCCACCGCCCGCCCGUCCCGCAAAACGAGUGAGCAUCGACGAGUCGUACCAUCAGCUCGCGAGCGAUGUCAAACCAGGCAAAUUGGGGCUUGGUGUCGCAUAUCAAGGCUCGAACGAUGAACGAUACAUACACGGAAACAAUGGCAUACCGCCGUCGCGCAUGCGAUCUCAAUCCGAUGGCUCCGCUGGGGUCUCCCGUCCGGUCAUCCAGGGUCUACGUCCCAACACAAGUUCUUCCACCUUGCCAACCAUUUGGCAGGACGAACGGGAUGGAAUGGACGCCCACUGGUCUUCGACCUCGAGGAUUCCGAUGACUGAGAUGCACUACAAUAUGCAAGGCUUCGGAACAAUGGGUCUCAGCGCUCCCCAGUCGGCAUUCCAAUUACCCUCUAAAACAGAGGAUGAUACGGAAUCUGAAGAAUCUAGCCAGGCUAGCUGUGCGGCCUGCAACCUCGUACGGAUGCCCAUGGAUACGGGCGACUAUGGCGAUGAUACCUGGAUCAGUUGCGAUGGCUGUAAACGAUGGUUUCAUAUCGUGUGCGCCGGGUUCAAGAAUGAUCGUGAAAUCCGCACUGUGGACAAAUUCAUCUGCCGCGGGUGCCGACCAAUUCACGGCCAGACGACCUUCGUGCGGAAGUCGUCUCGGGCCCGCACGGCCAUUGACUAUGCUGGUCUCAAUCAAGGCCUCGUCAAGGCGGCCACGGACUCACUGGAGCAUCAUUAUAUCGAACCUAUUCGACAAGGUCGUAUCCGCUUUCUCCCCGAGAACUUCCCCCGAAUGCGCCCGGAGUUGGUCACUGCCGAAUAUUUUGAACGAGGAAGUGGUAUGACUGAGCCGAUUGUGAUCCCGGCGCAUCUGAAUACUCGUGAUUCGAUCCCGAUAACUACCCCGGAUUUUGAUGCCCUUGUCGAAGAGGCCUCUACACAGGAGAUGUUCGACGAGCUGCUGGAACAUGCCACUGAAGAAGAGCAAGGGGUGGAGCAAGUGAUUGAUUGUGGUCAGGACCAGUUAGACAUGGUGAUCCCUCAGGGCCUCACGGUCCGAGCAGUCGCCGAGCUCUAUGGGCCCGAGGAAAGGGUGGAGGUGAUUGAUGUCAAAUCCCAACAGGGAGAAGACAAGAGGUGGACUAUGCAGAAGUGGGCUGACUAUUACGAGAGUACCGGUCAGAAGGUGGUUCGGAAUGUCAUCAGUCUGGAAGUGUCCCAGAGCAAACUGGGCAAGCUCAUUCGUCGGCCAAAGGUCGUUCGCGAUCUUGACUUGCAGGAUGCUGUGUGGCCAGAAGAGCUUAAGGCCGCUGGUGAAUACCCGAAGGUCCAGUUUUACUGCCUGAUGUCCGUCGCCGACUGCUAUACGGAUUUCCAUAUCGACUUCGGAGGGUCCUCGGUCUAUUACCACAUUCUGAAAGGCAAGAAGACGUUCUUCUUCAUUCCUCCCAAGGACAAGAACCUCAAGAAAUACGAAGAAUGGUGCAACUCUCCCGCCCAGGAUUCGACCUUCCUUGGCGACCAAACGAAAGAGUGCUACCGCGUGGAUCUCUCCGAGGGGGACACGAUGUUGAUUCCAUCCGGCUGGAUCCAUGCCGUAUGGACUCCUGAGAAUAGUUUGGUGAUUGGCGGGAAUUUCCUGACCCGGUUGAACUAUGGCAUGCAAAUCAAGGUGGCCAAAAUUGAGAAGGAUACUAAAGUUCCCCGGAAAUUCCGAUAUCCGUUCUUCCAGAAAAUUCAAUGGUAUACGGCAUUGAAGUACUUGGAAGAGGACCCGGUCCCUCAAAGCGUCUUGGAUGCUUUUGCCCAAGACGAGAACUAUCGCUUCCACCGAGAGUACCCUGUCUAUUACGAAUUUGGAGAGCUCGCCAACACCGCGGCCCCUGGUUCACCUUACCAUAACUCGCGGUUCUAUUCGCAAGCAGAAGUGGAGGGCCUCCCGGAUCUCGCCAAGUAUCUGCUGCGGACGGCUCUGAUUGCCAACUCAUACAUCGUCGAAGGGGUGACCGUGGAGGCGAGGAAUGCAAUCAAACGGUCAAUUCCAAAGAACGCCGGUGACCCUGUCGAAACCAUUCGAAAGUUCGGAAUCUGGGUUGCGUGGAAGCGAGGGAAUGAACCGGCCCCAGCGUGGACACGUCCGGGAGUCGUCGAAAACAAUCCCAAGUUCACCCUCGCCGAGAAGAAACCAGCCGGGCGACCAAGCCGCCGUUCAGAGCGCAAUGCAGACAAUCAACGGAUGUAUGCUGAGAGGCAAGCCGUCCAACGCCUUCCAGAGCAAGUCGCAGAGCCUGUCAGCACGUUCACGAACAAUGGCGGUCCUGCCAUGCCGUUGAACAGCGAUGCGACCACGCCGUCAUAUGCGUCAGGAGCGAGCGUAGUCAAAGAAGAGACUGCUCCUAAGCCCCGGACUACGCCCAGAGGGUCAGGACUCGGGCCCAAGCGCGUUGCUUGUGAUGCUUGUCGCAAACGCAGGAUUCGGUGCCAUCACAAGGAUGAACACGCUGACGCCACGGCCAAACAUAUGGCACUGGGGGGUUUCGGACCUGUUAGCCAGUCGUCUCUGGCUCACGAUGCCGCGUCGGCACUGAAUUCCCUGGCAGCAAUUGCGUCUGAAGCUGGUCUUCAGGACAAUAACGGUCGGGCAUUCGAUCGGUUUGAGACCGGACAAUACGGCACGGCCGCUUUGAGCACCCCACACACGGUCCCUCGGCUUAACGACAUGAGCCCCGACGGCCUUAACCAAGGCAAAAAGGGGCGUAGCAAAGCCUGUGAUGAUUGUCGAAAGAGCAAGCGCCGGUGUAUCCACGACGAGUUUGGUAGAAUCGACCCUAUAAAGGCCCAGGAGCGAUCCAAGCCACGAGCUGCGUCUUCUACGAAGAGGCCACGCCCGAACGAAGAUAGUCUUGGCUCGAUGUCGAAUAAGAGGCCAAAACAAGAGAGCACUUCGCCGGUAUCCAGGCCGAUACAACUCAACCGACACGGAGAGAUCUUCGAUGCGCAGACAAUGCAAUCUUCUGCUCACGCGCAAGCUAUGGAUAUUACGCAUUUGAACACGGUUCCUUCGGCGACUUACUCUGCUGAAAAGGAAGCACCCGUCGGGCAGACAUCAUAUGCCUCUCCGCCUGCGUUCCAGUCCGACACACUCGUCUCGAAAGAUGUGAACCCCGCAUCUCUGCCAAAGCCAACAGACUCUCUGGUGUCGCCACCGACAUCUCUUGCAGAUGAGACUGAUGUCUUGCAUGACCAAGCGGAUGGGGAUGGAGCUCUGCACACGCCUAAUUCUAGCUCUCGUCACUCCUCCCGUCAACCUCGCCAUGUUGAGCGGUACAUGCCUGAGGCUCAUGCGAAGAUAGCCAAGUCGACGCAUCCGAUUGCGCGUCGGGCGUCUUUUGGUGCGUCGACCAGCGGGACGCGAAAGACCACUCCUGGCCCAAAGAAAGCUUCGUCGCGGCCAACAUCUUCGCAUGGCAAGACACCAACGGCCGAUAAGAAAGCUUCCGCGUCUACGUCUCCAAAUCAACCCGGCAAGGGCGCGAAGCGCGACCGACCCGCUGACGACGCGCCCGAUGCUGAGAGUCUGCGCCUCAUCCGGGAGCUACAAGAGCAAGAAUUCGGGUUGCGAAAGCGGUCCACCCGGACAUGA